AUGUAUCAAUCCCCCUAUGUAACUAAACUCCUGUGUAAACUAAUCCUCUAGCCUGUCCCUGUCACUCUCUUCCUUUCUGCAAUGGAUCAAAGAUGAACCCCCAAAGUUCAGAAAUGGAACAGUCCAAGCAUGACGUCACACCCGUCCAAUAUACGGUGGACUGUACCACUGAAGUUGAGGCGGGGGAUCCGAUGCAGGCAGAACCAGGCCAAAGGAACGGGGAUACUUCGUCCUCGUCCCCAGAGAGCGGUAGCUUGAACGGAGACGCCAAGCGGAGCGGAAAGAGCCGCCGUCGCCGCAAACGCUCUGCCCACCCUGAGAGCUGCCCUGCGGCUGUGGAGAGGAAGGACCAGGAGUCGGGGCAGCAUGUCCAGACCCACAGCCCAGCAUCAAGCAUCCUCCUGGGCCUGCGCUCCGAGUGUGCCUCGGUCUGGUUCAACCACCGGGUGUACGAGCAGGCUGAGAGCGUUUACCAGUGCUGGCUGGCCCGCUCUGCCAAUGGGCAGACCCAGCCUAAUGGAUCCCUUCUGCCCACAGAGGCUCUCCCCGCCCCAGGGCUCACUGUGUGUCCUUUCCCACCUGCUGGUGGCCACGCCCAACAGGCAGCCUGCCCCCGUGGGGUGCAGAAGGUGUCCGUCCACAAGCCGUCUUUAGACCAGGCGGAGAGCAGCGUUGCUGAAGAGCCCCAGCCGGGGACCGUCCCAAACACCCUUUCCCUCUCGUCCGUCCGCCCGGCGACACCUUCCACCCCAGACGAGGGCUACCUGUCCCUGGCCCCGACCCCUGCCACGCCCACCCAGCAGACAGCUCCCGCCCCAAGCCCCCCCCAGCCAAUCAACGGGCUGCCUCGUGUCCCGGCGGAGCUGCUCGGAGACGUGUGGUUGGAGAAGCCCCUCUAUGACAGAGCAGAGGCCGCUUUCUACCAGAGCCUCUACGGCAACAACAACCUGGGCUCCAGCCACCCACGUGUAAGCUGUCCAAGUUCCCCCUCCACCUGUAGAGGUAGCGACUACCACCCACAGAGCCUGGAGGAGGAGGAGGAGGAAGAGGAGGACGAGGAGGAGAAGCAAGGGCCGGUGCUGGUCGCACACGGGAAGGCGGAGGUGUUUCACGCCCUGCACCCCAUUCAGGAAGAGGAGGAGCCUGGCGACGUCGCUAAAGAGGAAGCCUCGGUGGGCGGGGCCUGCUACCUCCUCCACCCUGACAGCGAGAGGGUGUGGCUGGAUAAGUGGCGCUACGACGCAGCGGAGGGUCGGUUCCACGCCGCCCGGGUGGUGGAGGGGGCCGGCGGGCGGGGAGAUACUGGGCCGUCACCAACACUCGCCUGCUCCAAACUUCUGGGGGACAACACCAUGACGACCGCCGUAGACUUCCUGGCCCAGGAGAAGAUCUGGUUCGACAAACCUCGCUUUGACGAGGCGGAGAGACACUUCUACGAGCGCGCAAACGGAGCCUCACACUCGGCACAGGAGCUGGGAGCGAACAGCAUCUUACUAGACAUCGCACGAGCACGGGAAAACAUCCAGAAAUCUCUGGCUGGACUCAAGACUUCGCUGUUGCCUAGCAGAGUGUCUCGCCAACCCCUCCUGAACCACCAAUCCCUGCUUAGCACAGGUGCUGGAGCUGGAGAGCAGGGGGAACUCGUGUCCCGCAUCAGGGGCCUGGAGCAGGAGAACCAUAGCCUGCACAAAGUGGUGGAGGACCUCCGGCUAGCUCUCUCCAAGCUGGAAUGUAGGGUGGAGGUGCUGGAGAAGUCCCCUGUGAGAGCCCCAGCCCCGCUCCCCGCAGCGCCCUGCACAAACGGUACCCCUGUCCAGGCGAAAAAGCCCAGCUCCCCAGUAGAGGAGGAGGAGGAAGACGACGACAUCGACCUGUUCGGCAGCGACGAGGAGGAAGACCUGGAGGCCGAGCGAGUGCGAGAGCAGAGGCUGAAGGAGUACGCCGAGAAGAAGGCCAAGAAGCCCGCCCUCGUCGCCAAAUCCUCCAUCUUACUUGACGUCAAACCUUGGGACGACGAGACGGAUAUGGCCAAGCUGGAGGAGUGCGUGCGCUCGGUGGCGGCCGAUGGCCUGCUGUGGGGCCAGUCCAAGCUGGUGCCCGUAGGCUACGGCAUCAAGAAGCUGCAGAUCUCCUGCGUGGUGGAGGACGACAAGGUCGGCACAGACAUGCUGGAGGAGGAGAUCACCAAGUUUGAGGACUACGUCCAGAGCGUCGACGUUGCAGCGUUCAACAAGAUCUGAGUCGUCUGUCUCCCCCUCCACCUGCUGCUGCUCAUGUCACGGUUCAUAAUAAAAGCUUUUGGUGCACUCAAA